CCUGUUUAAUGACCCAUGGGGAGGAGCGUUUGCAGCCAUUCAGUGGUUGGAGUGGAUCACUAUUUGGCAUUUUUCCGUGUGUAUGAGUACUCGCUCGUCUAUCUGUAUCGGGCAGGAAAACGGGAGAGGGCUUCGGUGGAGACUUCAAACAACGGGGUGGCAUUUUCGUCUGUAUUUCCACCUCCUGGCUCCGGUGACAGCUCGAACGCUCUGAUGGAGGCGGAAAGAUCCGGCGGGGGGGCUGGAGGAACGAACCAGAGCCCCGCAGGAAGCGGAGCGGGGCGCAAUCCGAACGGGCCGAAGGCUGUGCUCGGUCCGGCUCCCACCGCAGCAGCCGCCGCCGUGUCCGGGCCGAUGGCUGGAUCUUCCCAACCGCGAGAUCCGCAGGACGGGGAAGCGGGCCUCUCGUUGCCCGGGAUCUUACAUUUCAUCCAGUUCGAAUGGGGCCGCUUUCAAGCCGAGAAAUAUCGCUGGGAGGCCGAACGAGACGAGCUGAGGGCUCAGGUGGCGUUUCUGCAGGGUGAGAGGAAAGGUCAGGAGAACAUGAAGCAGGAUCUGGUGAGGCGAAUCAAGAUGCUGGAAUACGCUUUGAAACAGGAGAGGUCCAAAUUUCAGAAGCUGAAAAGUGGCACUGAUCAGAGCCCUGGAGAGAAGAAACCAGAGACCGAAGCUGAACCAAUACCCAAUGGGCCUGCAGAUUCCGACUCUGAGCCAACCAAUCAGAUGCCUUGGAAGGAGGGCCGGCAGUUAUUGCGCAAGUACCUGGAGGAGGUGGGAUACUCCGACACCAUCUUGGACAUGCGCUCCAAACGGGUUCGUUCCCUGUUGGGUCGCAAUAGUCCAGAGGCGAACGGGCCUCCUCCCAACGAAACCGCCGCAGAUCCAGAACCUCACGGAGGAGGAGAAUCACUACUAGUACGCCAGAUAGAAGAGCAGAUCAAACGGCGUGCUGGGAAAGAGAGUUCGAAAGAACGGAUGGACAGCUCUGUCUUGGAUAAAAUCCCUUUCCUUCGUGGCUGCGAGGACGACGAUGAGGAUGACAGUGAUGAAGAAGAAGACUUCCAGGGCAUGACUACAGACUGCAUUGAUGGACGCAAAAACAAGAAGUCCAGGAGCAAGAUGGGCGGAGAACCCAUGACCACAGAUUUUGACCCUGAGGACGAGGAUGAUGAAGAUGAUUCUGAGGACGCCCUGGGCGAGUUUGAUUUCUUGGCCUCAGGAGAGGAAGGGGAAGGUGCGGGAGAAGCUCGCAUAUCUGGAGACGGUCGUGAGUUAGGGUCAGAGAACCGGCGAAACAAAUUGCAAGGCAUUAUGUCAGAUUUUACUCCCAAACCCACUCCACCUCCUUCUAUCCCGGGCCAGGCACGCUCCAGUGAGGGGGGCGCUCUUGGCUUCUCAUCUGAUGUCUUCAUUCUGGAUGCGGUUGGAGGAGGAGAUAUGAACCUCGGAGAGCUGGCGGACCUUACUGUUGCCAACGACAAUGACCUCACCAUUGAUUUGCAGGAAAGUCGAGAAGAGUUCAAAAAAACAUGGAACCCUCGCUUCACACUACGAAGCCACUUCGACGCCAUCCGAGCGUUGACCUUUCACCCCAGCCAGGCCGUGCUGCUGUCCGCCUCUGAGGAUGGGACACUCAAGCUGUGGAACCUCAACAAGGCAAUGCACUCCAAAAAAAAUGCAGCGCUAGACGUUGAGCCCAUUUAUACAUUCAGAGCACACAGUGGUGCUGUUCUUUCUCUGGCUAUGGGUGAGGAGGGAGAGUCAUGCUACAGUGGCGGUCUGGACGGCACCGUGCGAGGCUGGAAGAUUCCAGACCUUAAUGUGGAUCCUUACGACAACUAUGAUCCAGGGGUGGAGAGCAGUGUGUUGUCGGGGCAUGAGGACGCAGUGUGGGGUUUGGCUUACUCCUCCAGCCUGAAGCGUUUGGCCUCCUGCUCAGCAGAUGGGACUGUGCGGAUUUGGGACCCCCAUAAUUCCUCACCGUGUGUGUCUGUUUUCAACAAAGAGAAAGAACACGGCACUCCCACCUCGGUUGCCUUUGUGAACACCGACCCGUCCCAGGUUGUUGUGUCUUUCGAUGGGGGCGAGACUCUGCUUUAUGACCUCAACACAGAGCAAAGCAUCAUGGUCCUGGAGACCCAGACUAAGGAUGGCAGCGAGCUGAUUAACCGCGUGGUCAGCCAUCCGUCCCAACCGGUCUCCAUUACAGCCCACGAGAAUCGUACCAUCCGCUACCUGGACAACAAGACAGGGAAAGUGAUUCAUUCCAUGGUGGCUCACCUGGAUGCUGUAACCUGUCUUACCACAGACCCUAAAGGCACUUACCUCAUCUCCGGCAGUCAUGACUGCUCAGUGCGCUUGUGGAUGCUGGACAAUCGCACGUGUGUGCAGGAGAUCACAGCACACAGGAAAAAACACGAUGAGGCCAUUCAUGACGUGGCCUUCCACCCGUCGCAGCCCUUCAUCGCCAGCGCUGGGGCCGACGCGCUCGCCAAGAUCUUCGUUUGAUUUUCUCAUUGGGGAACCACCCUCACUACUGGGCCAAAAGAGUGAAACGCCGAAUAUCCGCACACACGCACUCACACACUCACUCAAACCGUGGGGAACAAUGUUCUACACAUCUCUGCCUGUGUAAAAGGCACACGACCCAUCAUUCUUUUAUGCCUCACACAAACUCUACCGCUUUCAAUACUAAUGAGUUUGCUGCUCCAGUCCUGAUUUUAGUUUGAGAUGACACUACUAACAAUCUGCACAGUGUGUUGCGAAGAACGUCCAAUCUGUUGACGGAUGGACCAAACGCACAACUUAACACACAACACACCCUGGAUUUUAAAAUCAUGCUCGGUUGAGGUUGAGGAUUCGAUGGCUCUCGCUAAACAAGACAUUACUCAAGCCUGCGCAUCUUCUCAAUGUAAAUCUAGUGCUAAUCUGUGAAUUAAUGUCCUCGCCUAGUAACGUGAGGUGAUCGACGCAUUUCAUUCCAAAGACUGCUUUAGAUGAGUUUUUUUUUUUUUUUUCGGUUCAGCUGCGAAGUACAACACAGCUUUACCUUUAGCCUCACAGCUAAGAGCCUUAGUAUUUCAGCCUUUCACAAUCACUUCCUCCACACAUUUCAUUCCUAUGACGAGUACACCUUGAAGUAAAACCAAACACGUGUGUAUCUGCGUGUGUGACGGUGUCAGCACAAGCCUUUCGCAAUCACCGUCUCCAUUCAUAUCCAGUCAGGUGGAAUUAUGCGUAAUAGUCAAGUGACUGUUGAGUAGUGUAUUUAUUGUAGUGUUCGAUAUCGGUCAGAAGACUUUUGGGGGGGAAGAUCUGCAGUUGGAUGAUUGACUCAUUUCUGUACAUAAGCAAGAUGUGCUGUAUAUAGCACUCUUGUUUCACAACCUUGGUGCUAAGAUCUCUGAAUCAGGGAUUUGUUCACGACGAGGGUCGUAAAGUAUCAAAUCUCGAUUGACCCCUGCUAUUCCUCUGAGUCAUCAUGUACAGUUCUUUGGCAUUUCAGAAACGCGGCCAGAAUACAUCCGGUUUGCCGAAGUGGCUUUUAAGGUUUUGUCAGGGUAUUUUUAAGACGAUGAACUCUAUAUCCACACUUGAGGAUCUUCGGUUGAUGAUUCUCCAAUAAUAAAAAAAAAAUGUAACAAACUACAAGUUCCACUGUUUAAGUGCAGCUGUAUUGUCGUUUCUUGAGUUUCUCGACAUCUGUGAUCUCAACCCAAGUUCUUUUUUUGAAAAAAGUGAAGCUCGAAUGGGCGUUUUAAGUGACAAUGUGAAAACGAGUGCCCCCAGUGUACGCUUGAUUUACCAAGAUGAUGAAGUCCAGUGGUGAAACUUUAUUAAAAAAGUCGACUUGACGGGUCUUGUACCCCAAGAUAAGGGGGUGUUUCUGGGUAAAAUAGCUCUCAUGGCUCUUUUAAUGGAAAUAAAAGUGCUUGCUUUUUGUUGGCUAAGCAAGGAACCAAAAUGCAAGGUGAGAUGAAGAAAUCGGGUUCCUUAGUUGGAGGGAGCCUGGUGAUCAAAGGUCAGAUCAUGUUUUAGCCAGUUUCCGCUUUGCAGGGUUUAUUUUUAUCCUUUACUGGUUUUCCGUGGUCGUAGAUGAGUGGCCAGAAGGCAAGUCGGAGGGCCAUAAAGAGCGCUUUAGCAUAAUGGAGCCAUGUCAGUCCUUAACCAGACCACGUCCAUCUAAAACCAUGCGAUCUUUGGCAAGGAAUGCGGUGUGGAUUUGCAAGUUAGCAAGUGUGGAAACCUUUUGGAGUGAUUUUAUUAAUGGACAAGGUUAUGUCCUUUGUAUAACGAUGAGACCACCGUUUCAUUUUGGGAUGUUCUCCCAGUCAAUGAAUGUCACAUGACCACAGACUUCGUUCAGUGGAAUCUCAUAAUCCUUUGCUGCUUUCCUCUUUUCCUAGAAACUUCGCGCCGCACACUAACGGUUAGCUUUAUGCUACACUACACGUGUAGAAUAACACAAACAGUUCGGUUCAUCUGCGUAUUGCUGCAUCGUUGAGUCCUCUUCCAGAGACUGCCGGUUGCAUGGGUGUUUAGACGAGUCCUGCUGUCUCUUUUGUACACCUUUUUCCGCACCCUUCGUUGCAAUACGAGUCUUGAAAUUAUGAUGACAAAACACAUUCCUUUCUGAGAGAAUGAAUUUGUGUAAAAAAAAAAAAAUGGAAAGAAACAAGUAUGCUUGACAAGCUGCCGAUGCAUAAUGUAAGUUUCCCAAUUUCUCACAUGUAUGCUUUUCUUUACUAGACAUAUUAUCACUAUGAUUACUAGUAAUAAGGUGUAAGACGACAGUAGUACCUUUUUUGCUAGGCUUAAGAAUUGCUUGUGAUUGUGUAAAAGCCUAAAAACUGAAAAUUGUAUGAAAAA